AGAAGGGCAGGCCUUUCUAUAGCGAGGUGGUAAAGGAGGAAAUCUCAGAUGACAAUGCAAAGCUACCAUGCUUCAAUGGAAGAGUGGUGUCCUGGCUGGUCCUGGCUGAAAGCUCUCACUCUGACACGGGUUCCCAGUGCACCGAGAGCCACACAGAUCUUCCGCCUCCCAUUGAGAGAACAGGUGGCAUUGGAGACUCCCGGCCUCCAUCGUUUCAUCCAAAUGCUGCCAGCAGUCGAGAUGGAUUGGACAAUGAAACAGGAACAGAGUCAGUUGUUAGCCACCGGCGAGACAGACAUCGACGCAGGACUAGAGAAGGGCAUGAAGAUGUCCCUCGGAUCAAUGGCCAUCCCAAACUAGACAGACACCGUGAGCACCCUCCUGGCUAUGACAGCUCUUCCACCAUGAUGAGCAGUGAACUGGAAUCCAGCAGCUUCAUUGACUCUGAUGAUGAUGACAACACAAGCAGGUUGAGUAGCUCCACUGAGCAAAGUACUUCGUCCCGGCUCAUACGGAAGCAUAAACGCAGGAGGAGGAAACAAAGGAUGCGGCAGAUUGACAGGUCAUCCUCGUUCAGCAGCAUCACUGAUUCUACCAUGUCCCUAAAUAUCAUCACUGUCACUCUCAACAUGGAAAAGUAUAACUUCCUGGGGAUCAGCAUUGUAGGACAGAGCAAUGACCGGGGCGAUGGUGGCAUAUACAUUGGCUCUAUUAUGAAAGGAGGGGCUGUGGCAGCAGAUGGACGAAUUGAACCAGGAGACAUGCUUCUGCAGGUGAAUGAUGUCAAUUUUGAGAACAUGAGCAAUGAUGAUGCAGUCCGGGUGUUACGGGAAAUAGUCUCCAAGCCGGGACCUAUCAGCCUAACGGUAGCCAAAUGCUGGGACCCUACUCCCAGGAGUUAUUUCACCAUCCCCAGGGCUGAACCAGUGAGGCCAAUUGACCCUGCAGCAUGGAUCUCUCAUACCACAGCCAUGACGGGAGCGUACCCCCGUUACGGUAUGAGCCCCUCCAUGAGCAUCACCACAUCUACCAGCUCCUCACUAACAAGCUCAAUUCCCGAUUCGGAAAAAUUAGAAGAAUCCCCCUUAACUGUGAAGAGUGACAUGGCUACUAUUGUCAAGGUUAUGCAGCUACCAGACUCAGGCCUUGAAAUCCGGGACAGGAUGUGGUUAAAAAUUACCAUCUCCAAUGCAGUGAUAGGAGCAGAUGUGGUUGACUGGCUUUACACGCAUGUGGAAGGCUUCAAAGACCGACGAGAGGCUAGAAAAUAUGCCAGCAGCAUGUUAAAACAUGGCUACCUCAGGCACACUGUGAACAAAAUCACCUUCUCAGAGCAGUGCUAUUAUGUCUUUGGAGACCUCUGUGGCAAUAUGGCUGCACUGAACCUUAACAAUGGUUCUAGUGGAGCUUCGGAUCAGGAUACACUUGCUCCACUUCCACAUUCUGCUGCUCCCUGGCCAUUAGGCCAAGGAUACCCAUAUCAGUAUCCUCUGCCCCCUCCAUGUUUUCCACCAGCAUACCAAGACGCAGGCUUCAGCUAUGGUAGUGGCAGUGCAGGGAGCCAGCAAAGUGAAGGAAGCAAAAGCAGCGGCUCGAACCGAAGCAACAGCGAGAACAGCAGGAGAGCUCUUGGCAGAGAGAAGGACCGCAAAUCGGCUGGCAGUGGCAGCGAGUCUGACCACACCGCCCGCAGCGGGGGUGGCGCCAGCGUAGUGCGUCGGGAAAGGCCUGUCAGCCAGCUCAGCCACCGGAGUCAUGUCUCUGCCACCCACAGCGAGAGAAGCCACCACAGCCAUCACUCGUACGGGCCUCCAGGAGUCCCACCCCUCUACAAUCUCCCCAAGCUGGGUUCCAAAGUCUACGGGACAAGCGGGCCCCCUGGAGGGCCCCCCGUGAGGGAACUGAGCUCUGUUCCUCCAGAGCUAACAGGGAGCCGGCAGUCCUUCCAGAAGGCUAUGGGCAACCCUUGUGAAUUCUUUGUUGACAUCAUGUGAGAAGAAGUGCCUUCAGACUCUGCUUGGGGGGAGGGCUGGGGUGGGUUGUUUUUUUGUGGGGAUGGGAUUUGGGUGUUGUUGAACACUUAACAGAAGAAACUUGGCUGUCUUGCAUGUCUCACCUUCCUGGUUUGCAGUUGUGUGUUGCAGAAAAAACAACAAAACAAAACAAAAAACACAAAAAAGGCAAGCAAAAAAAAUCUUCUGGAAUUGUUAAAUAUCAGCAAAUUGAUAGCAUCUUUUUCUUUACCCUUUUGUUUUUCUUUCUUCCCCUCUUGUUUCUGAUUGUGAUUGACUGGUGUAUAUUCACAACUUAAUGGUCUUUGGUAAUUGUGGCACCUACUUUCAGUGCAGUUAGUGUGUCUUUUUGGCUGACGCAAGGACUAAUAUUUCAUAUAACUUCCAAAUUUCCCAUAAUGCAUAGUAGCAUCCUUAUUCACCCACCCACCCCCCCACACACCCUUUUUCUCUUACAAGAAAAAAUGACUGUUGGGUAGUAUCUUUGAUACUUCCCUGUAAUGACGUUUCUUGUACGUGUCAGUCAGUGCUCUAAGCAGAUACAGCAUCUGAAAGUGUACAGACAGCACGUGUUUGGAAAGGAUCAGACUCAAACCAGUUCCCAGCAGAAGACAAAGCUCUGACUACCUUCUUCUGUUGACUAGGGAGUAUAAAUCAACCCUUUUUUUUUGUGUGUGUGUGUGUGUGUGCGCGCGCGCGCGCGUGUAUGUAUGUUUUUGUUGUGGUUAUUUUUAAGAUAUUAUCCUAUCAAGGAAGUGGUGGAGUCUUGCUACUGUAUGUGUUCAUUGUACAGAACUUGUAAUGUUAUUUCAUUUUGUUUCAUAAUGGUGACUUUGUCGCUGCAGUCUGUUCAUGGGCAUUUCAGUCCUAUCCCUGCUGACGGAUGUGUCCAUUUUUUCUGGUUGUAACACACACUUGCAUACUGGUUUUAAAAGUUGUUUCCACAGAAAUAGAACAAUUGCUGCUACCUCAUUCAUAGUGUAGCUGCAACUCUUCCCUUUUAAAGGGAGCAUAUAUCCCAUCCUAGCAGAGAGCUUCAUCUCUGCAUUGAAAUACAAACCUGGAGGUGGCUAAUCCCAAUUGCUGUGUUACUCAAGUGGACAUGCUCUGAAUGUAGAUGGGGGCUAGCUAUUAGCAGAGAGGCAAGGAGAUGUUUUGAGAAGAGUCCGUAAAUGGUACAAAGAUUGAAUCUUUAUAACUGACAGAGUGAGACCUAUGCUAAAGACCAUGCUCCUGCUGGGGAGCUUUGGCUUAAGCAACUGCUGUGUUGCAUAUCCCCAAGAUUUCAUUACUGCAUGUUUUUGGCUCUGAGGCUAUGGGCACUUGAUAAAAUGUGUUCAGGAACCUUAACUGAAGCUUCAGAAGCUUUUCCAAAAGUGUCCGAGGGCAUGUUAAGAUACACCCAGUUACGGUGGCUUAUUUAAUAGGAAAUAAUAUGUUAAUCUGCAGUCACUUAGUGGCAUUUGACAAUGGGGCUGUGCCUCAGUUAAAUCCUCCUUUGUGAGAUAGUUAUUCCUGACAGGUUUUAGGACAGGUGCUUUAAAAUCAGUCUUUACUGUAUAUAAGCAUUUCCUUCCCAAAUAAGAAGCUUCUUUCUGUUAUGUUCUGUGCUUUAUGGAUAGUUUGAAUAUCUGAUACGAAUGUCAGAAAAGUACAUCUUUCUUCCUGUAUACGUGUAGUUUCGCAUUCCCUUGUCACCUUGAAAAAUUACUUCUCAAACUGUCCAUUUUGUAUGUUGUUUAUUCUGAUAUAUUUUGCUACUUUUUCUUUUCUUUUUACAGAUUUAUGGGUGUAUAAGCAGAUAACCCUUUUAUAAAGCUCAGAGUACAUUUUCAAAUGUUUGUGUUACUUGGAGGCCUAAGUCUCAUUUUCGAAAGGAAUCUAAGCAUUUAGGAAAUUGUACCACUCAGAUGAGGUACCCAAUUUAUUGAGCUUCUAAACUAGCUAAGUGUUUUUGGAAUAGUUGCUGACCAAAAAUUCCCCCAAAAGCUAUUAUCAUGUUUCAGACAGUGGUGCUUUCCUUGUAAUCCAUCUGCAGGGCUAGCAUAAAUUGCAAACUUGGUGAUGAUUUGUUCAAAAGAUUGACACUAUCUAAAGCUUGACUGUGCAACAGUAUUCUUUCUUUUCCUUUUCUUCUUCCCCCAGAAAUGCAGCAAAGACGCUAACCAAACGCAGUAAACCAUUUGGAAAGGAUUGACAUUUAAAACAGUGAAAUAAAUCAGGGUAAAAUAAGUCUUUGGCUCCUGUGUCUCCAAAGACACCAUUAUGGAGUCAGUAACUUUACUGACGAUCACUAGGGGUUCUGUUUUUAAGUCAAUUUUAACUUUUCUGAUCUCUUACUAUGAUUUUUCUGUCCUCCUUGGUCUUAAGGCAGAACUUACAGGACAGAAGGAAAAGACGGUCAUUUUAGUAAGGUAUUUCCAAAAGGGAUAAAGGCUGGGGGCAGAGCACCCAAUGAAGCCAACAUGCUUAAUUUCCUCACAUCUUUUGAAGAGUUGCAGUAUACGCACUUGCUUUUGUGUGUGUGUGUGUCUGUGUGUGUGUGUGUGUGUGUGUUGUGCUGUUAGCAGAAACUGUUCUGUCUCUUGUUGGUGUCUGCUGCUAUGUUCAAAUGACUGUAUUAUAUACUUCCAUGUGUGUGGGUAACUCUGAAAUGAGGCUGACAGUUGAUAACAUAGAUGUGGGAAAGUGUUUGGAGAGGAAAUCAGGCUGCUAAAUCCGCCUCUGUCUGUGGGUUAGAAAUCUGUGUGAUCCAUCUACCUGAACUGGCUCCAUCCAAGAUCAGGUAUCUUGUUUCAGGCAAAAUAUUAAGUGCUCUGAAUGUACUGACAGAUGUGCUAGGGGUUGGUUAAUACUGUACAGCAUGUAGAGCCCGCUACCUACGAAGAGCAAUAGAAUGUAAAUGCCCGUUCUGUGAACAGUGCAAUACAAGUGGCCAUUGCAUGUAAAGCAAAAGGUUUUAUGUUUCUUCUCCUCUUGUAGUGCACAAAGGAGCUCCAGUAGAGGGGCUGGUUUGAGUGAAUAGAAAGCUAAGUCUGAAAUAUUGCUAUCUCUUCAUUUUCAGAGGGGCAUGAAGACAGGAGAUUUCCCAAAUCCCAUCCUUGCCUUUCAGUGCAUGUGCAUUUCUCUCUGUAAUAUGGGGGCCCUGGGGCUUAACUGUGCAAGUCUCUACUAUGGGAUGAAGUACUCCCUGCAGAAAGAAGUGCCUCUGAAGUCAAUGAAGUUACUUAUAAUAGGAAGUAGUUAGCAGGUGGAAAAGAAUUUGAAGGCUGAAGUCCUGCAAAACUGUGCAUUUCUCAUAUCAGGACCAGAAAUAUAUCUCUCAUUUUAAUGUCAAGUAACUGGCACUGGCUGGGCUCAAGAACGUAAGACCUACCCCUACAAUUACAAUGAAAAGUAGUGGCUUUGCUAUGCAAGGCAUUCAAACAACCUCACAACAGGAGUCAUAAAUAGUGGACAUUGUUAUAAUUCUGCAAAUGAGACCUUCAGCAUUUGCCUGUGCUCUGCAGCUGGGCUCAGUAUUGAUGCAUAUCUACCUGCAGCUUUUAGCAAGGAAUAACAGGUAUGUUUGAAGAUCUUAGAAAAUAAACGUGCCAAAUAAACAGUUUGGGAUGACACCUCCUAUGCGAGUGGGAGGGUAAGGCACCCACCUACUGUAUUAACUUUCUGAGGUGCAAGUUUUUUGGCAAAUAGUCUUAAAAGCACUGCUGUUGCCUUUGACCUCCCAUUAGUAAAUUUACUUUUCGAAGGUUACGGUCCUCCAGAUGCUUUAUCCAGAGGUAUAUUGGGUGGCAAGCAAUGAUGCACAGACAUUGACUGUUGAUAUUAUUUUUGUUCUAUUUGAAUGGGCAGUUCCAUCUUGAGACUGACAGCUCAUGAGUUGAUGUAAUUGUUUUUGUUUUGCAUUUAACUGGAUUGUAAUAAGAUUGACUUAAAAUUAUUAAUUCUAAUCAGUGAUUAGAAAUACAUGUAAAGAAUUUUAUGUACAGUAGAGGAAAAAAGUUACAUGAUUUUAAAUAAUGAAAACCCAGACUAUCACCUAUUCUAGAAUUGGUUCUACUCAAAGAGUGACCUCUUACUAGCAUGGACUGCACUGUUCCUGUUAAAUGUCUAUUGCAUAAUUGAAUUCUUUUUUUGUAGAUAUUGUAUUAAAACUCAAGUGUCUAUAUAGUUAAUAUAUAGCUGCUUAUGUGUAAAUGCUAUUUUAAACACUAAAAAGCUUUUAAUUUUAUGUGAUAA